AAUUACGCCGCUUGUCAGCCCGAGCCGCUCGGCUAUGAAGACGCAUUGAUUCGGGAGCAGAGAGGAAGGGUGAGCGCCGUUGUCUUCGCAAAUUUACUGCAAGCGCUUAAUAUAAAGUCGCUCCUCUGCUGUCCCUCAGGCCGGUGUGUGUUCUCCACUGCAAUGCCUAAAUAUGGGCUUCCUCUGUUCCAAAUAUGGACAUCUACGUCACGACAGGAGUGUAUAUAAGAGCGGGGAAACCUCGAAGCUCAUAGAGAGAGCUCUGAGAGCCACACAUGAGCAACUGUUAGAACAGAGAUACAUAGAAGUCUCUGCCUGAGAAACAUCACUGCAAAAGUGAAACAAAAAAAGUCAUAACAACAACCAGUCCGAGACGGUCAGAACCUGAUUGGAUAGGUAACCUAAUUCAAAGCAAAAAAGGAAAAAAAAAAAUCAAGAUUGAUCAGUUGAUCAUUUUUGAUUAAUCUUAGGGAAUGAGAGGACUGAUUAGAUUCUUCUUGCUGAAAAGACGAGUGGAUUUUUCUCACUUCUGAGAGGAAAAGAAGAGCAGCAACGGGAGAAGAAGAGCUACGGAGGAAAGCUGAAAACAAGGUCUUCCACUGCAUCAGCUGAAGUGUUGGGCUCUGCCAGCACACAUUCAGCGACUCCGCAGCAGCCACCAGCGCAGCCUCAGCACCAGCAGAGGAUGGCUGCAGCCAAGACCGAGAUGAUCCUCCCUGCCCUGCAGAUCUCAGAGCCUCUGAGCUUCCCUCACUCCCCCAUGGAUAACUACCCCAAACUGGAGGAGGUGAUGAUGCUCAGCUCUGCGGGGACACCCUUCCUCACUGCCUCCGCACCCGAGGGUGCAGGCUUUGGCUCCGGGGAGCCAGGGGAGCCGUACGAUCAUCUUUCUGGAGAUACGCUAUCUGAUAUCAACUACACCUGCGAGAAGCCAGUUGCGGAGCAAACGUACCCCACCCAGAGGCUGCCUCCCAUAUCCUACACCGGCCGCUUCACCCUUGAACCCGCCACCACAUGCAGCAACAGCCUCUGGGCGGAGCCCAUCCUGGGCCUGUUCACCGGCUUAAUGAGCAACGUCGCUCCCACCUCCAGCUCUUCCUCAGCUUCGUCACAGACCUCUUCAUCCUCCUCAUCAACCAUCCCGUCCUCCUCCACUUCUUCCUCCUCAACCUCCUCCUCAUCGCAAAGUUCCAGCCUCAACACCUCAAUCCACCACAGCGAGCCCAAUCCCAUCUACUCAGCUGCCCCGACAUACUCCAGCCCCAACUCUGACAUCUUUCCAGACCAGAGUCAGGGGUUCGCCACCUCAGCGGGAUCAGUGCAGUACCCACCCCCUGCAUAUCCCAACGGCAAGACCUGCAGCACAAGCUUCCCUGUGCCCAUGAUUCCUGACUACCUCUUCCCCCAGCAGCAGGGAGAGAUCAGCCUGGUGCCCCCAGACCAAAAGCCCUUCCAGAGUCAGUCAAACCAGCCAUCGCUUACUCCUCUGUCCACCAUCAAGGCCUUUGCCACUCAGACUGGUUCCCAGGACUUAAAAAACAUCUACCAGUCCCAGCUGAUAAAGCCCAGCCGCAUGCGCAAGUACCCCACACGACCAAGCAAGACGCCGCCACACGAAAGGCCCUACGCUUGUCCUGUGGAAACCUGCGAUCGUCGCUUCUCGCGGUCUGAUGAGCUGACACGUCACAUCCGCAUCCACACCGGUCAGAAGCCCUUCCAGUGCCGCAUCUGCAUGAGAAACUUCAGCCGCAGCGACCACUUGACAACACACAUCCGCACCCACACAGGGGAGAAGCCCUUUGCCUGUGAGAUCUGUGGACGCAAGUUUGCCCGCAGCGAUGAGAGGAAGAGGCACACAAAGAUCCACCUGAGGCAGAAGGACAAGAAGGCAGAGAAGGCUGGAGCUGCUGUAGUAACGUCGGCUCCAGCAUCUUCUGCCUCGCCCGCCUCCAGUUACCCCUCUCCCAUCACUUCCUAUCCUUCUCCAGUGUCUUCUUACCCGUCUCCAGUCACCUCCUGCUACUCCUCUCCCGUCCACACUUCCUAUCCCUCUCCUUCCGUCGCCACCACCUAUCCGUCGGCGUCGAUGUCCACCACCUUCCAGUCUCAAAUCGCCACCUCCUUCCCUUCUUCAGUUGCAUCCAACAUCUACAGCUCCCCAGUGCCCACCCCUCUUUCAGACAUGCAGACCACUCUUUCCCCGAGGACAAUCGAGAUCUGCUAAGAGAGGAGCAGACAGAAAAACUUUUUUUUGUACUCUCAACGAACUUCUCCUUCUGCAAGGUUUCCAUUUUACAGGGGAAAGAAAUCAGCAUCAAAAGGACUUAGUUUCCCCUCCUCCUAAAAGCACUUUUUUUCGCUACCGGGUGCAGUGCAGGUGAAUCUUGAGAUUUGCCUGAAAGAAAGAAAAGAGACACAUGUCAAGGACUGGGCAAGGACAGCGUAACAUGUAAAAGGAUUUUUUUUUUUUUCAUACUGUCUCUGUAAAACAAAUGCAGCACUUCAAAUGCAUAUAGGACUCCUGAGACAGAUAGAAAACGGCUCUGGCGGGUCUGUUCUACCACAGACCGACAAAACAAAACAAAAAAUAAAUCCCACACCAAGAGACAGACAGACAGAUUCCUCAGGCACGUUUGUCCUUGAGACAUUUAUACAAAA